CCAUCCAUCAUUACCCUUUGAGUUCAAGUGAACUCGGAAGAGAUUAUGGAUGUGUAUGGACAGUCGUCCCUUAACCAAGGGACUCCAGGUGAAGAAUCACCCUUCAGUACCGGAUUUCAGGCGUUACUCAGCGACGCGACUAAGACGACUAGCUCAGCGUCAACUUCCUAUGGAGGUCCUAACUCCUCAUUCGCAUCCGCAGGAUUCGUCAUCGAUCUUGGGGGUAGUGGUCCCCAUGGUCGACCUGGGGUCGGUAGCGUAUCUGAAGACGAUUUCAAGGUCAAGCAAGAGGUUUCUGGCCCAUCAUUAGAUAGCGAUAGCACUACUGCUUUGGGGGGCACGUCUCGGAAUGGUAAGCAUCGCAAUAUUUCUCCUGCCUGCUAGUUAACAUCGCUCUAACUAUGAUCCCAAGCUGCCUUCAUCCCUCUAGUCAAUACUGCAUCCAGAGGCAGUACAAUGUCAUCUUUGAGUCUACCGGCCCGCCCCAUCGACGCUGGCAAUAUAGCCACCCCAGAGGUUGUAUUAAAGCGCCCCAUCCUUUCUAGGCCAAUCUUUGGUAUUACUCACGGUGCUACCGUUCCUCCUCAAGGGCCAUCCGACCUUGCUCAAGAUCAAAGCGGUAGCCAAGGGGGUGUUGAGCCAGAGCAUGCGGUAAAUUGCCCUGCUAUAGACGGUAAAUUCGUCACUCCUGCAAUGCUUCUGAGCCAAGAGUGUCAGAAAAGACGAUUCAACCCGCAGUUUACAGAAUGGCACGAUCGCAACGGCCGUUGUAAGUGCUCUGUCAGUCUCAAGGGGUUGAUAGUUACCGAUAUACGUGCAUACGAUACGGCUUCCGAGGCAAAGACGGCUAUUUCCAGAAAGGCUCUAAUAGAAGUUCGCAAGUUGCCGUGCGAGGAUCCGGCAGGUAAACCUGCAGCGAUCCUUACGGAGGUUGUCAAGCAGGGCAUAUACAAAGACGUGCCCGACUUCUUCGGGUUUGGUUCGGCGCAGACGGAGAAUAAACCAAACCCCCAACAGCAUCGCAAUAAUCAGCAUACCCAAGUUGCUCCUUUCAUGCAGGAGCAUCGUGUCAGCCGUUAUCAACCCCCUGGCAAUUUCUCCAAUGACCGCUACGACAACUACAAUCUUCACGAUCAACAGAAUUUUCUGAUGAGUCAAGUCCAAUACUUGUUCGGUCACAUCAACGGACCUAGCAACAGGAUCGCAGAGGAUCCCUUGGCCUCUCGUGCCUUCCUAGAGGGCAUAGCCUUAGGCUCACGGCUAGGUCAGUCAACUAUACGCCGUCCCGACGCGUACACCUACGCCCCGCCCUCGGCUCCUCAGAGACUGAAUGCUCGGCCACAUGGCGAUAGUGGCCGCCGCCGGGAGCGAUCCCCUGUCACAGGUCCUAGGUCCCAUCAUAAUCGAGUGAGAUCGCCACUUCGUCGCCGCAACCAUUAAGAUAUCUACCAGCUUGCUCAUUGGCCUUGAAUAGAUAUUAUCUCGGUUGCAGAUCGCCCUAGAUCAAGUUGCCUUUGCACACAGCUUAUAGUUCUUUGUCGUAGAUCGGUCGAGUAUUUUACGCGGAGGGUUCUAGGUGGAGAACCACAUGAUCCCAUUUCCCGAUACGUAGGAAAGGAUAUUGCGUUGCAUUUUCGUUAGAUCGUUAUGGAUGUUGUUUCUCUGCAGUUUCCUUCAGUCAGAAAAAAAGACACCAAAAGAAAAUUUGCACCAAUUCUCGCAACUUGGUUAUUUGUGACAAUGCUGUAUUGCUCUUAGAUCUUGCU